CGCUUAUUCGGCUCCCACGCGCAAACCUGGUCGCUUCUUCUUGUGAUUUGGGGUUUCUUAGAGUAGCUACUUGUCACUUGGACCCAAAUAGGCUCACGCCUUGUAGGAUAUUUGGAAUGGGACUUCCUCUUUGAUACUUCACGGGCGGCGUCUCAGACCCCAAGAUAAAAGGACACCAUCUUUGUCUGUGGCUGAUGUGACUAUGGACUACGUGUCCCAGAAUCCAUAGCAAGCUGACAUUGCGUCUCAACUUGGUAAAAUCUUUAGCUUUGGCUGACUCUGGUUGCGCGCGCCUUUUACAAGACCCAAGAUAAGUGGUCUGAAGAGUCCUGGGCUGGGACCAGGCUUGUCCCGAACCUUGGGGCUAUGCAUGCGGAAGCAGGGUCUCUUUCCCUAGUGCCCGUAGCAAGGCUGGAACUCGCGGUGUAGACCAGUGUGCCUCAGAAGCACAGGAAUUAAAGGGUGCCUCCUUGUUUCUUCAAGAACACUGGGGAAGAUCCUAACUUGGCCCUCGGGAAACAAAUAUGGAACCUAAGGUCUCCCAGGCUCUGGUCCGUUCCUUUAGCUCUUCUACCCGGAGCCACUUAGAAAACCGUGUGGCCGAGAAGCAGAAGCUCUUCCAGGCCGACAAUGACCUCCCGGUACACUUGAAGGGCGGGGGUACGGACAACAUCCUGUACAGACUGACCAUGACGCUGACGGUGGGGGGCACUGCCUACUGCUUAUACUGCUUGGGCUGGGCCUCCUUCCCGCACAAGAAGUGACACCAAGAAGCUUGGAGGACCUGGGCAAACACCAAUAAAUAUGCAAAUCUCUUGAGAACCCAA